GAUCCGGGUUGUGCAACCCUCAAAGCAGGUCUCCUCACUCACCGGGAUAGAUAGACUAUUGGCGGUACCUGCAUCCACCGCUUGCCAUGGUUUCGUUGUGGGUGGAGGAUACUUUCCUGCCCCCUGGCUUUGGGUUUGCCCACGUGGCUAGCUCUGGCCGUGGAAUGAAGCAGAAACGAAAGGCUGCCAGUUCCGAGCCCACGUCUGAAGUCGCCUUAGGUGGUUCCGCGGGCCCCGUGUGCUCCCACCUUCACCCAGAGGGCCUUCUCUGGUGCAGCCGCUGCUUCUUCAGCCUCCGCCCAAAAGGAACGGAGCCCCCUGGCCGAUCCGCAGGCCUACAGGGAGCCACAGGGCGCAGCGGCUGGACCAGCGUUCAAGCCCAAGCACAGGCCUGCGCCAACCUUGUUCCAGCCGCCGUUUAGGAUGGUUGAUUAGGACGCGUUGCAGUGGCGGUAGCUCACCAAUCCAGUGCGUGCACCGGCUCCUUUAUUAGACUAUAGAGCCAGUGGCUCCCACAGG